GCUUCAGCAGGUGGCUUUCGGGGGACACAGGCCAGCCCAUAACCCCCGUGCAGGCAGCGGUGAACAGACACACAACCUCAGCCGUCCUGGAGCCAGAGGGGAGAACUUGAGAAGGUGCCGUGAUGACAGCCCUGCCGACUUGUGUCCUCUGGGGAGACCCCCCCAGCCUCCACUGGCCACAGCUCCGCCAGCCCUUCCGGGAGGGAAGCCAGCCUCAGCGCCGCCAAAGGUCUCCUGGGUGUCCUGCCUGCUCCCGGACCCUCUCCCGGACCCUCUCCUGGACCCUCUCCCCACGCCAGCCUCCCAUGCCGAGGUCUGCCUUGUCAGUCAUUUCCUUUUGUCACCGGCUUGGCAAACAGGAGAGAAAACAGAGCUUCAUGGGCAACAGCAGCAACAGUUGGUCCCACGCACCAUUCCCCAAGUUGGACCUGGGGCUGGGGUCCCGACCUGUGGCGCCCCGGGAGCCGCCCGCCUGCUCCAUCUGCCUGGAGAGGCCGCGCGAGCCCAUCUCUCUGGACUGUGGCCACGACUUCUGCCCGCGGUGCUUCAGCACCCACCGUGUCCCCGGCUGCGGGCCGCCCUGCUGCCCCGAGUGCCGCAAGACCUGCAAGCAGAAGGGCCUCCGGGGCCUGGGGGAGAGGAUGAGGCUCCUGCCACGGAGGCCGCUGCCCAACGCGCUGCAGGAGACCUGCGCGGUGAGGGCCCAGCCGCUGCUGCUGGUGCGUGUCAACGCCUCCGGGGGCCUCAUCCUGAGGAUGGGGGCCGUCAACCGCUGCCUGAAGCACCCGCUGGCCAGGGACACCCCCGUCUGCCUCCUUGCCGUCCUGGGAGAGCGGCACUCAGGGAAGACCUUCCUCCUAAACCACCUGCUUCAGGGCCUGCCCGGCCUGGAGCCCGGCGAGGGCGGCUGGCCGAGGGAAGGGUGCUCCGGGCAGGGCUUCCGGUGGGGAGCCAACAGCCUCACCAGGGGCCUCUGGAUGUGGAGUCAUCCCUUCCUGCUGGGGAAGGAGGGGAGGAAGGUGGCCGUGUUCCUGGUGGACACGGGGGACGCCAUGAGCCCUGAACUGAGCAGGGAAACGAGGACCCGGCUCUGCGCCCUCACCUCCAUGCUGAGCUCCUACCAGAUCCUCACGGCCUUCCAGGAGCUGAAGGAUACAGACCUGGAGUAUCUGGAGAUGUUUGUCCACGUGGCCGAGGUGAUGGGCAGGCAUUAUGGGAUGGUGCCAAUCCAGGUGAGAUACCCGUUUCUGGACUUGUCACCCCAGACUCCGACACCCCGGCUGCUGCUAUCAGCACCCCUUCUCUUCCAGCACCUGGACCUCUUAGUUCGUGACUCAUCCCACCCCAGCAAGGCGGGGCAGGGGCAUGUAGGCGACAUCAUCAAGAAGUCGUCCGGCAAAUACCCCAAGGUUCAGGGGCUGCUUCAAGGAAGGCGAGCCCGCUGCUGCCUCCUGCCGGCUCCCAGGAGGCGGUGGGCGAGCAAAGGCCACGGAAGCCCGGGAGACACAGAUGAUGAUGCUGGCCACCUCCGCGCCUACGUGGCCGAUGUGCUGAGCGCGGCCCCCCUGCAUGCCAAGAGCCGCUGCCAGGGCUACUGGAGCGAGGGGCGCCCCGCGGCCCGGGGGGACAGACGCCUGCUCACGGGGCAGCAGCUGGCUCAGGAAAUCAAGAACCUCUCGGGCUGGAUGGGCAGGACGGGGCCUGGGUGCGCCUCUCCGGAUGAGGUAUGGGGCUACAGGGAGGACGCGGGUGGGAGGCGAGCCGGGCUCCCCGAGAUGGAGCGGGGGGCCCGGCAGCGCCCACCGGGGGAAAGGAGGGAGGCAGCCGGGUUUUGCCGUGGACAGAUGGCUGCCCAGCUGCACGACCUUCGGACGGUGGAGGCUGCCAAGAAGGAGUUUGAGGAGUACUUGCGGCAGCAGGACGUGGCCACCAAGCGCAUAUUCUCUGCGCUCCGGGUGCUGCCAGACACCAUGCGGAACCUCCUGUCGACCCAGAAGGACGCGCUCCUGGCUCGGCACGGGGCGGCCUUGCUAUGCACGGGGAGGGAGCAGACCUUAGAGGCCCUAGAGGCCGAGCUGCAGGCCGAGGCCAAGGCCUUCAUGGACUCCUACACCGUGCGUUUCUGCGGCCACCUGGCUGCUGUGGGCGGCGCCGUGGGCGCGGGGCUCAUGGGCCUGGCGGGGGGCGUGGUGGGUGCCGGCAUGGCCGCCGCGGCGCUGGCCGCAGAAGCUGGGAUGGUGGCCGCGGGAGCUGCAGUGGGGGCCACGGGUGCAGCCGUGGUCGGGGGAGGCGUGGGUGCCGGGUUGGCGGCCACGGUGGGCUGCAUGGAGAGGGAGGAGGACGAGAGAGUGCAGGAGGGGGACCGGGCGCCCCUGCUGCAGGAGGAGUGACCGCCCGCCAGAUGCUCCAGGGAAGGAGAGCUGCCGGGGGGAGGGGAGGGAUGGGGGCCGCUGUUCCAAGGGCCCCUGUGUGCCACACCACCCUGGUUGAACGCCCCAUCUGGGUGGUGACUGGUGACCGAGAAUCGAGGAGACCUCAGGGCCGGCGGCAGAGUGUGAGCCUGGACAGAGUCUGGGGCUGUUUCCGUUGCAGACGACUGCUAACCUGCCUCUCUUCCCAGAUAGACUGGACCCCAGGGUCUCCCGCCAAGAUCGUGGCCCACCCUCCCCGCCCUGGCUUAUUUCCCGAGAUGGUAGGGGGGCUAAGCGGGCCCCAUUCUGGAAGUCUCCCCUUCAGAGGCGGGAGCAGCCCCAGGAUGGGUGACCUAGGUGUUCAAGAUUGGGAGCCCUGAUAAGAGGCUGGGGAAGGAGCAGGAGGGGCCCCCGGGCAAAGCCAAGGAGUCCGGGUGGUGCACGGUGGCCUGCCCCCCCGAGUGGAGACUCUUUCCAAAGCUACCCCAGCAGGACGGGGGCCACCCCCUUCUCCCGCAGCCCCGGGGAGCCCACAUGUGCACCGGGAAUGGGGUUCCCUUACGUGUCCCUCGUGGUCGUGCCCUUUGUCCAGCCUGGUCAGUGCCCAUGUUCUUUGUGGAAUGCCAUCCCAGCAACGGGUCAAAAGCCAAAGAAAACACCUGUAGUUGCAUUCUGAGCUCCAUCGACAGCCCUCAUAGCAGAUUCUAUGAAAGUCCUGGGGGGACACAUCCAUGGAACAUGCCCGCCCCCCUCAGCCUAGGGGAGACACCUCCGUCCAUGUUAGCAGGAGACCUGGAUGCAGCCCCCAGGAGGACAGCAAAGCCCCACAAGGAGGGCUUCUAGGCUAUUAGACUGCAAAGGAUUAAUGGGCGCGUCAUACGCAAAAUAAAAUGUGUGUGCUUGA